AUGCUCAAAAAGAGGUCUUUAUACCCUCCUUUAUUCUUCUGGAACAACUCUCCUACUUCGACGCCCGAACUCUCGCCGACGUCAUCGUCGUCGGACAGCGAGUCGGACGAGGAUAUGGACUCGUCCGGCUCACGUCCGCUGAGUCUGAAUGUUCAACCGGGUGCGUUCUGUCCUAUGCGACCAACACUCGAUGAGGUGCUAGCGAAUACGGCACCUGCUCCAUACACCCUUAGCGCGUUUAUGGCGUAUCUUUCUCAAAAUCACUGCCUCGAGACUCUAGAAUUCACUUUGGAGGCCAAGCGGUACCGGGAGACGUAUCACUCGCUAACCCAUCAACUGCGAGAGUCACCCAUUGUGACCGAUUGCCCCGAAAGCCAGCAUUUGCGUAUGCUCUGGCAGCGACUUCUGUCCGCAUACAUCCUUCCCGGUGCUCCCCGCGAGAUCAAUGUUUCCAGUGAAUCCAUCUUUCUCCCCUUUCUCAACGCCCAUGCUACAUCCGCACAUGUUUUGCCGCUCUCGGAGCCCUUGUUCUCGAACGAGGACGAUGUCACCGUUGUAUCGAACUCGAGUUUAGAUGAACAUGUGGUCAAGAGGGGGAGACGGCUUUCGCCCAAGUCCUCCCGGGAGCUGGGAGCCCCGGCUCCCUCGGGUCCGCCCUCUGGCCAUUCUAGCCGCUCCAACUUUUCAUUCGGCGCCGUCACCUCCAUGGGCAAGACCAGUAACCGCACUUCCGGCCAGGUUUCGUCCACUACCAGCGGUGACUAUGCUCUGACCGACGACUCAGGAAGUAUGCAGUCUAAUUACAGUACUGGAGAACCCAUGACUCCUCCGACCACACCACCCUCGAGCGAGCCCUCGUUGACUUUGGGUCACAGCCCGAAGCAUCGCACCGAGAAUCCCUGGAAGAAAAUGGGAAUGAAGUUCGGAUUCAAGAAGCGUUCGGGCCACGGGGGCUCGGGCAGUCAGAAUCUGCGAUCCUCCAUGGACGAUUAA